AUGGCAGAUGAUACGGCAAGCACGAACAGCGGCAGUAGCGACAGAAAUAGCAACCACAGCAGCCGACGCGCUAUGCUGGGUCUGCGCCAGCUUUCCGAUGACACGAAGCACUUCUUCCGCGACAACUACAAGAAGGCGCGUGAUCUUCGACGGAAUCGACACAGCAACGAGUCGCCCAACAGUCCAUCCGUGGACACGGAGUCACCGACCUCGUUGGCGGACUCGGUACCGACCAGUCCGAGUCCAUUGCCGUACACGCCUACCAAGUCAUCGUCAUCAACGUUCUCGUUCUCUCGAGACUCCAGGUCCGCGCAUCAUGCGUCGCCGGCAGUAACAGCAUCCCGCAGCAACAAAUCACUCCCACGAACGCCCGUGGUACCUCGGCAACAAACGCCGUCUCUGAGCUCCGCGAAGCCAAGGCUGCAUCACAUCUCGACUCUACGAAUUGGCUUGACUUCUCUGGUCGUUUACCACCACACCGCCCUCCCGUAUGGCGGUCUCGGCAGGUGGGGCUGGCAGUCCACUUUCACGCCGGGCAUAAGUCCCACCCUGACCUGUUUGACUGGGUUCAAUCAGACGUUCUUUAUGGGUGGCUUCUUCUGGAUUGCCGGAUAUCUCACGUAUGGACAGCUGCGGAGGAUCGCAACGACUGAGAGCAGCCGGGAUCGCAGACCGAAGCAGAAGCAAUCAUUGCCAGACUUUGCCCUGUCACGAAUGAAGCGCCUCGUCUUGCCAACGAUUGGGUACACACUAAUACUACGUCCACUUGCAUCGCUCAUGAUAGCCGUCGAUCAGAACAACUGGCAACUACUGUCGCAACAGCAGAUCAUACAGAUUUUGAAAUCAUACUUCAUGAAUCUCCGCGGCGUCACCGGCCCAGUCUGGUUCCCCGCGCUGCUCUUCAUCUUCGACACCCUAGCGGCCGGACUAGCCUCUGUGCAUCCUGAGACCUUCACGAGCAACCAAUCGAGCCUGAAGCCAGGCUCCUGGCAAGCCAAUGCCUUCAAGUGGGGAGCUUGUCUCUCGCCACUUUGGCAUCGUACGCAAUCCGCAUUUUCUAUCCCGCAGGCGCAGUUUGGAAGCCGCUCAAUCUCCUACCUGCAUACCUCCCGCACUCAGCAGAAGCCGCUGCGCAAACUAGCGCUUGCGUUCAGCGUAAUGACGCUCGGACUCGGCGCCGUCGCGGCCUCCGUCGCUCUUCAGCGACAAGGUAGUCUAUCAAAGCUCUCGAUCCCACAGGCAGUCAAGCUCCUCGAAGGACACGGCACGCUCCAAUCAGCAAUGUACGCCCUGUGGAACGAGCUGGGAUUCGUGACCGUCUUCCCGGCGUUGCUUGCUGUGUGCCAACGGUACUGCAACACCAAAGCCUGGACAACGAUCAGGCUGCCGCGGUGGGUGUGGCCGUUCAGUCAAACAUCGGAGCAGAGACCUGGUAAUGGAAAAGGCAGGGAGGAGCAGCAGAAGAGCGGGGAGUGGAUUGAGAUCGACCUCUCACGGUACGCGUACGCAACAUUCCUCGUUCACGCUAUCGUGAGUCUCGGUGUAGAGUUGGCGAUGGAGCGCUUCAUUUUGCCAAAGCUGUUCGCUUUGCCAGCGCCCGUCAAGAUCGCUAAAGCAAGUAAGGCAGCACCAAGCGGCGAAACUGUUGGCGCUGGCGGAUGGCUGUCUCAGGCCCUGCCGUCGACCAAGGCUUCGACAAAGACUGCGAACACAGGGAGCAAGAGCGCUGCAAAGCCGAGCGGGUGGUCCACUGGCAACGGUGCAAGCGUGUCUUGGUGGCUACCACCUCUGUUGACGGUGACGGUGGGCACAGUCAAUGUGGUGGCAAGCUGGGCCGUAGGUAUUGGGUUGCUGGAGGGUAUACCUGUGAUGCAGCGCUGGAUUUGA